AUGGAAGGGAGUGGGUGGAAACUACAACUUUUUAUGCAAAGGCUAUUAAGUGAUAAGUUUGUGUUGGAGGAUGAUGUACACAAAUUUGCAGCAAGUUCAACCUCAAAGCUUGUAAAUGCGGUUAACUCUAAAAUCAAUGAUAUCGGAUUCGCUUUGACCAAAAUAUGUUUUGAAGGAAAAUAUUAUUACACUCUAAAAAAUCUCAUGGAUAGGUCACUAAAUAACAUGGAAAAUGAUAAUACCUCUAAUUUUGCUAAAGUUAUAGGUUGCCAAUUUACUACUAUACAUAUCCAAAUUUUUUCUGAUUGUAUAAAAACGAUGAUUUCAGAGGGAUUGCCUAUAUCUAGUGAAAAAACAAUCGAACCAUCGUGGACUAGUGUAUGUGUAAGGAAUGGAUUGAGCGAUAUAUCACAACAAAUAACUCUGCUUGAUAAGCUUAUCAAAAAUGCAUGGCUCUCAUUUGGAUGUUCAAAUACUGAUAUUAUCCCUGGAAUUCGUUUUUAUGUCGACUUAUCAGAAUCUUUCCCAAUGGAUAUGUUACCCAAUUGUGGGUACUGUCAAUCGCCUAUCGUCAUUUACAAAUAUAACUGUUCCAAAUGCAGUAAAAGUUUUCACAAAUUAUGUAUUAAGAGUGAAAUUUGCGUGAUUUGUACCAAAAGUUAA